UAUUAUAACAGAGGCAUUCUUUAGUGAAACGUAUAUGUUAUAUGUAAUUAGUCCGCAUACAGAUAAGUCAAUGAGCAAAGGAGGUAGAAAGGAAUCGAAAUAAGAAUAGGAAACAGACAAUAAAGAUUGGAAGGCCUUUUUUUCUGACUGGCCCAUUCUGACUGUUUUCUUAUGACACUAGAGCCUGAUUAAGCAAAGAAGUAUUUCAAGGUAAGUUAUUUUAUUUAAAACGUCAGAUCGAGAACUUACAUGCGAUCCUGUCCUUGCAAGAAUUUUUGGUGUCAAAAGAGUAAUAAAUAAAAGGGCUCUGUACCCCCACACCCUCUCCCUGGAUUCGCCACUGGGCCUUGAAAAUCAGCCUUUUCCAGCAAUAACGUGUCUGAUAUUACGUUUUUAGUGGAUGGAAAAUACACUGAGUGGUCUGAAUUUAGUCCAUGUACGGUCUCAUGUGGACUGGGUGUGAAAACAAGGAAUAGAUUUUUCCUUCUCCUAUUGAACUAGCAAUAUAACUAGAUUAAGAGAUACUGUCGCGUUUUAAUUUCAUUUUAUUAAGUUCCUAGUAUGUGUUUUAAAGCGAUCUUCAGAUUUAAUGCAGUUUCAAAUGAAUUCGUAGGUAUCCUCACUUCUAACGAGGCUGGAGAUGAAUUUUGUGGACAACUUGUGGUUAAAUAAACCUUUUCAUACUCCCAACUAAAGCAUUCACUCCGCACGAAAAAUUUUUGAAGAGAGAUUCUAAAUUGUGUGAUGGCAUACUUGAUAAACAAAAAAAAUUUUUUCCUCAAGUAUUUUACUUUGCGUCCUCGUCCAAUAAUACAACAGCGCGUUGAUUUUACACUCUAAUCACUCUAAGUCCCCUUGGCACUCAUUGACAAAAAGAAAGGCUUACAGUAUUACCGAACGGCGCUGUAAUUAUGCACCAAUUAUCAAUUAUUAACAACAUGUUUCCUUGUUACUUUAAAUACAGCCCCCGAGUUCAAUGAAACCAUUAUAUAACGAAUGGAAGACCUUGGCUUGAAGACCUUGGAGUAGCGCCUGAUUGUCAUGAAAAACUCUACAGACAGUCAUCUACAACAAAUGCAACAUGGAUUGAUCAAAGGCUUAUGGCUAAAGUUAGGUGAAAUCCAUUCCGGGCUCGCAAUUCCUCGAUGAAGAUGGUUUUGGGAAAGGCUUGUAACCUCGUAACUAUUAUAACACUGACCCAGUGCGUUCACCUUGUAAAGGGGCUUACUGUAGCUGGUGAUGACCCCUGGUAUCAGAAGGCGAGCUAUUAUUGGCCGUUCAACACGCUCAAAGAUCCUGGAAUUUUAGACCAAAGAGGUACCACAAGUGUACAGGCCUACAGCAAGAACGGACUUCAACUGGAUGGAUUUCUAGGAAGCUGGGCUGACUUAGGAAAUUUCUCUUAUCACUGUAUAAGUAAUCCAGAAGCUUGUAAAACAGGGUUUACGGCAACUUUUUGGCUUCGAGUUGACGAUCGUCAGAGCAAACGAUUUGUCAUGCAGAUAGGUUCUGCCACGCAAGCUGUUGGAACAACGAUGCAAGUCGACGGUGAUUUUUUUGGUGUUUAUGUAAAUGGUCGUGUAACCCAGCGACACGUACAAGUAAACUGGACUUACGCGAGCUGGGUUUUCGUGGCUCUUUCGUGGAACAAAACAGAGAACAAAAUUAAUGUUUUUCUCAACUGUAGUAGCGUGCCGUACGAGAAAUAUAACGUUGGGAAAAAUUUUAAGUUUUCGUCGGUUCCGCCAAAUCAUAUGCUAAUCCUGGGUGCGAGCAAUGCUCGGUUAAAUAGCAUCAAGAUGACCAUAGACGAACUAGCUAUCUGGAAUGAUGUUCUAUCAAAACAGGAUGUUUGUUAUAUCAUGGAGUCCAAGGCAGUGGAUGGAAAAUACACUGAGUGGUCUGAAUUUAGUCCAUGUACGGUCUCAUGUGGACUGGGUGUGAAAACAAGGAAUAGAACUUGCACGAACCCUCCGCCAAAACACGGAGGCAGCUCCUGUGAAGGUUCUUCAAUCGAUGUGGAAGAUUGCUUUCUCAGAGACUGUCCUAUCCAUGGUAACUACUCUGCAUGGUCGGAAUUCAGCUCUUGCACACUCACAUGCGGAGACGGUAAACAAUACAGAACUAGAACUUGCACCCGUCCCAGUCCUCAAUACGGUGGAUUCAACUGUUCAACGUUAGGUCCUGAGCUAGAGGAAGUGGAUUGUAAUGAAAAUCCUUGUCCAAUUGAUGGCCGUUACAGUGGAUGGUCAGAUUAUAGUGAAUGUUCUACAAGCUGCGGCACAGGAACAAAGACUAGGACGAGAACAUGCACUGAGCCAGCUCCUCAGUAUGGAGGUAGAGACUGCACAAUAUUUGGGCCCGCGAAUGAACAGCUAUCCUGCUUUAUUAAGGUGUGUCCUAUUGAUGGUAACUAUAGCAACUGGAGUGCAUUCAGUCUUUGUACAAAAACUUGCGGUGUAGGAAAACAAACACGAACGAGAAAAUGUGAUAAUCCUGUCCCUGUUGGUGAUGGCAGAAAUUGUUCUCACCUUGGACCAGCAAUGGAAAACCAGCGGUGUAACACUGAGGCGUGUCCAGUCAACGGAGGUUACUCGAACUGGUCUGAUUUCAGCCCAUGUACAAAAUCUUGUGCAGGUGGAACGCAUUUUCGGACACGCAACUGCACAAAUCCGAGACCCGAAGCAGGUGGACUGGAUUGUACUCGUCUGGGACCUCCAAGGGAGGUGGAGCAUUGUAACACAAAACCCUGCCCUGUAGAUGGAGGUUACGGAAAUUGGUCGAACUUCUCAUCAUGUUCUCGAUCUUGUGGUGGAGGCGAGAGCGUCAGGUCACGGCAAUGCAACAACCCUGCACCAAAACACGAGGGAAAGGAUUGCUCGAUCUUCGGACCAUCAAGAGAGAGUCGUGCUUGCAACGCAAAUUUGUGUCCUGAUAUCAGUUUUGUUGCGCCCGUCAGUUUUCCAGACGAAACGUUUACUCCGGAACUAUUGGAUCCAAAAAGUGUGAUCAGAGGAGCGCUUACAAACAAGAUCAGGUACAAUUUACUGCAUAUUUACGACGAAGAUUCUGCUCUGGACUCACUUGAUGUCAAAUGGUGUGGAGCUGCUGAGAGCUCGGGGAAAGGGGCUGUUGUACAAUGCGUUCUACAGUUUAAUUUCAGGGCUGCUCGGUACAGCGGAAUAAUUGCAUUACAAGAAGCUCUGAUAGUAAAGAAGAUGCUGCAUACAAUGGAAGCUAAAGCGGAAUACAUCUCCAGCGGUGACGUUCCUAGUUACGCGCCUGAAAACGUCACAGCUCGAAACACAAGCUCUCGAAGCAUCAUGGUCACAUGGAACAAAAUUCGACCCCACACUGUUGUUGGCGGGAAUAUCCUUGGCUAUCGUCUUGUUUACACUGCGCAUGAUGACGCUUCUUCGCGGAAUCGUGUGAUAUCUGGAGAGGAAAACACAGAAUCAGAGCUGAGGAACUUAAAGAUCUACACCUUGUAUUGUGUGCGUGUCAUGGGAUACAACAGGAGAGGGGAUGGAAUAGCUUCAUUCCCAGUGUGCGCUUACACAGAUAAGGAUGUUCCAGAUGGUGCACCUGCAAUUGUGAGCGCCCGAAACCUGAGCUCCACGGAGCUUUUCGUUGAAUGGGAACGGCUGCCAGAGAAGUACCUUCAUGGAGUCUUGCUUGGCUACCAGAUGAAUCUCACAAGGGUAGGAACGAAAGUAACAGAAGUGAUAAAAAUCCUGCCCAGUGUCACAAGCCAUCGAUUUUCUGGACUAGUGAUAUAUAAUUGCUACGUAAUCAGCAUAGCAGCUAUCAAUGAGAUAGGAGUGGGUGUCUUCAGCCAAGAUCUUAUUGCAUGGACAGACGAGGGUGUUCCCAGCAGGGCUCCAAAUAUUUCACAGAUAUACUAUACCAGUUCUACGAGCAUUCGAGUGCACUGGGACCCUCUUCCCCAACGGUAUGUACACGGCCGGUUGCUAGGAUACCGAGUAGAAUAUCGUCGUGUGGAACCAGGCUUUCUUAACAUCUGGAAAACAGAGGUUGUUGGUGCAAACAUCCACCACGUCCCCAUCUACGGUCUUAAGAAAUAUGGAGCGUAUGUUUUCCAGGUUGGGGCGUUCACCAGGAGAGGAGAGGGAUUGCUGUCUAAAGGUUACAUGAUCAGGACGGACGAGGAUGUGCCUUCUAAACCUCCGCAGAAUUUUACUGUUGCCAAGGACAACUCCACUUCAACAAGCUUAUUCAUCCAUUGGCGACCUGUGCCUGUAAAUCAUCAAAACGGCGUUAUCCUUGGCUAUAGAAUUCUGUAUAAGAAAUCGCGGUCAAGUCAAGAAAUGCUAAGAACAAGGAACGUGUCAGCUGAGUCAACCACAGUGGAGCUAAAGAACCUGUCCAAGUACACAGAAUACGAUGUCACCAUCUUAGCUUACACUUCGAAGGGGAACGGCGUCAGAGCAAAGUUUUUCACUGUUUCCACAAGAGAAGACCGGCCAAGCAGACCACCAACAUUAACCAAUGUUUUCAACACGAGUUCUACGAAAAUUAAAGUGAAUUGGAAUCCAAUAGCACGCGGCUAUGUCCAUGGAGUGCUAUCCGGGUAUGUAGUUUUAUAUCGUGCCAUGAACGAGUCCCAGGACUUGUACAAGGAUCACGAAGUGGGACCGAACAGCACCGGCGUGGAGCUGAUAGGACUGUGGAAAUACACCUACUACGGCAUCAGAGUCUUAGGUUUUACUAGAAUGGGCUGGGGUGUCAUAAGCCCUGAAGUUGUCGUGCAGACCGAUGAGGAUGCUCCAGGAAGGCCUCCAGAAAAUAUUCAAGCCAUAAGCAAAUUCACUCCCACGACGAUCCCAGUAUCAUGGAAACCGAUUGGGAAUCCUUAUUAUGUUCAUGGCAUACUGUUGGGUUAUACAGUGACUUAUCGAGGGCUCAGGAACCCUGAUACAGAGCUAGGCGAGCAGGAGAAAAACAUCACAGUUGGACCAAAAAUUUUUGCUCUUGAGCUUCGCAAUUUGGAAUCUUUUACAAUUUACAGCAUCGAGGUUCGAGCGUUUACCAGAAAAGGCAACGGCACACCUUCCUCGGUUAUUUUUGCGGAAACCUGUAACUGCUACAGGAAGCUUCACACAAACUAUUGGCUGAACCCUCCAUAUAUGGCGGAAGGUGCGAUCGGCAACGCUAGUGGUAUUUUCCCGCCAAUACUGCAUCUUGUCGUUCGCAGCUGUUGUGGUGAAUGUAAACAACAUGGCUACACAGAAAUUGACUUUCGUUACUCGGGGCGCAACUUUUCAGCUAAGAAAAGUUCCGAGAAAAAAGUGAGAGAAGCAAUAGAUGACCCGAACGAGUUAAGCUUUCCCGUUUACGGACGAAUGGAGCAAUCGGAUUAUUCUAAUGAGUAUGGUUUUGCGCCUUUGGUGCAGUCCGCUGGAGUGUCGUUCAUAGUAGCUGGAGACGAACCUGGAGCUGCGGCCAAAAUGGUGGUCAAAGCUGUGUUUAACUUGUGGCCUUUGAUCGUGACUGUGUUCAUUUCAGCUUUCUUCUCUGGAAUUGUCAUGUGGCUUAUGGAUUUCUUUUUUAAUGCACAAGAAUUUCCUUCCUCCCUUAUAAGAGGACCAAUUGAAGGAAUGUGGUGGGCCUUUGUCACCAUGACAACUCUUGGGUAUGGAGAUCGUGUGCCCCGUGCUAUACACUCUAAGUUCUUUGGAAUCGUGUGGAUCACGUGUGGCCUAGUCAUCAUCGCGCUGGUGAUGUCGUUCAUCACCACGUCGUUGACAAUGGAUGUCAUCAAAUCGGAUAUCGCCGUGUAUGGAUCAAAGGUUUCCGCCAUUGAUGAUUCCCCGGAAUUUCGUCUUGGAAUUCGACUGAAUGCUCGCAUGCAUGGAGUAUCGACUCUUGAGGACCUAUACCAGUCCUUGAAAGACAGACGUGUAGAUGGCGCCCUCAUAGAUUCAUACACUCUAGGAAGUCGAAAGGAGUUGUUCAGUGAUGGAGUUCUUCGUAUGACCAAGAUUAUCUCUUUUUCCUCAGCAUAUGGAGUCGUAAUGGCUGGAUAUGCUAGAAAGUUGCAAAAAUGCUUUCGUGACUUUCUAAAAGAGGAGAGAGCGUCCGUAUUUCAAAUUAUCACCAAUAACGUUCAAGGCGUCACGGGACUACAGAAAGACACUACGGCCGAGAAGACAGAUAGUUUGUUUGAUGCAGAGUCUGUGGUGUACAUCCAGACGAUUACGUGGUGUGGAGGUGCACUUGGUGUGUUGACAGUUAUCUUCCUGUUGUAUGAGAGAGCCACCAGGAAGAAUCGUAGUCCAUCUCCAAAGAGACUCGAACAUCGUGACUACUUGGAAUCUUUAAAUAAACAAAAACCAAUGUACAAAUAUAACAACAGCAAAGAAACAAUGAAAACGAUUCUCACUGACUUCCACAAAAACUGUCGUCUCAGGCUGGAAAAUCUCAAAGCAAAACAUCGGCAGGAGUUGCGUCUUUUGACGCGAUUAAAGCAAGAGCAAGCCGAUAAAGGAAGAACUGAAGCCUUGAAUGGGAAUGUUAAUAAGAGUUACUCUGCGAUUCCCUUCCGAAGGAGCAUUGUACGGCACCAUCACAACGGUGUGGUUCCAUGAUUGAAUGUGCUGAGUAUUAAAGUACAGCCGAUAUGAUGAAACUGAUUCUCUCUGAGGGCAUUAUAGCUCCUCAAAUUAUCAUGGACUUGCGUUGCCUGAAGGUUCUCAUAAAAUGUUUCCAUGGUGACCGUGUCUUUUGACACCAGCAUUUAUGUGCGAGUUCCACGUUUUUACCGAAAUUACCUGUGUCUUAACAUCUAAGUGAUAUGAUGCAACUGAUUCUCCCUUAAGGCAAUAUGGUUCCUCAAACAAUUGUGGACUUGUAUUGCCAGAAGGCUCUCCUGAAAUGUUUCCAUGGUGACCGCGUCUUUUAACACCAGCAUUUAUGUGCCAGUCCCACCUUGUUGCAGAAAUUACUUCAUCAAAUGUUUAAGGAUGAAAUAAAAUGGAAGGGGAGAUUGGAAGUUGCAACAGUGGUCUUACGUAAAUAGGAUAGAGUUAGUAUAGCUGCAUUUCACAGGUUAACAGAAAUACGUGAUUUAGGCCAAUGAUUUUAAUUUGUAUGCAUGUCUUAAUAAAUAGGUUUCAUCGUUCCUGAAAAUACAAGCGAAGAAUAGCGAAUAUAUCGGCAAUUUAGCAACAAAUUCCCAGAAAGAGAUUAUAACUGAGAUGUUAAUAAUCUUUUGCUUCCCAGUUAUACCUUGUUAUGGCUUUUUGACUCGAUCAGAGAAUGCAACUACUCUUUGUGUCUUAAGAUUUAAAAUGAGUAUUUUGGUGAUAUAACUGAAAGUAUCUCUGGAAAGUGCUCAAUUUACCUUGAUACGUGAAAUUCUUUCUGAUUGACGCAUUCUAGAACUGAAUGCCGUUUAUUCCCGAAAUGUAGUGUUCCUGAUAUAGAACAUCCGUGAAAAAUGUCAAAUGUCUGCUGAGUGCAGAUUAUUUUUAAAAACAGCAAAUUUAUUUCAAUUUGUUAAUAACGUAACUAAAAAUCAUUUAACCAAAUAAAAGAACUGCUAGACGGAAAUUCCGCCCACUCUUUUUGCUUAUUGAGAAUUUUCAGCUUGAAUACCUUUUCCGAUUUGUUUAUUAAAAAUUAGAUCGCGACCUCGUGACAGUCGAUGAGGGCGUAGUCAGACUCCAGUGCCGUGUAAAGCACGCAAAAGAAUCGUGGGCGACUAAUCCAGUUGUUUUAGAUUACAACUGCUAGUCCUUCAAAGAUGAACAACAAUGCAAUCUUAUGUUUUAUUCCAUUUUGUCUACAGCUACGCGCUGUUAGGCCAUUAAAUUUAGCCACUAUCAAUCACGGAAUAGAUAGCGAGUAGCGUAGCCAAUCGGAGUGCAACAUUUCUGAUAGAGCGGUAGCAGAGUUAAACUGAACUAAAAUGAUGUAGAACCGAAAAAAAAAAAUGUGUCGCAUGUGCUUUGGGGUCUGUGUUUCGAAAGUCCAAGUGGUUCCGGUCCCAUUCAAAAAGUGUUUCCAAUUUGUAGUUUUUACAUUCAACGUUGAUAUAUUGG